AUGGGACUACAUCAGCAUUACUGCUGCUCUUUGAUACAUAUCGCAACACUGCGCCGUGAACCGACAGAGACAAAUGCGCCAAGAAAAUCAUGGAAGUCGAAGAUUUCUCCUCCAUCACAAUCUUCACGCUUGUAAUACUGUCAUUACUGACUAUCUUUGCUGUACUUGGUAAUGGGUUCGUUCUUGGUAUCCUUGCUCGGUUUAAGAAGCUUCGCACCUUUGCAAACAUUCUCAUUGCCAAUUUGGCGUUGGUUGAUUUUUCCAACGCACUCUUCAACGGACCUAUAUACCUACUUUGGGGUGUCUUGAAAGUCAAAUGGUUUACAGGAAAGACUUUGGCAAUAAUGUCAAUUUUUGCGUCCCGCUUUUUCUUUCUCCUUAACGUCGUCUCCAUGUUGGUGCUGCUGGGAAAUGCUUUUCUAGCGAUAGCACUGAACCUGAAAUAUUUCACCUUGAAGACCAAGGAAAAAGCUUUGGCCAUAGUGCUGGGUGUGUGGAUGGUCUGUGUUACCAGCGCGGUUAUCUCCUUAUAUCCUCAUUUGGACACCGACCUUCAAGAUGCUUCUGUGUCCACAUAUCGUCGUUCUUUUAUGAAUCAAAGUACUGUGCUUUUCACCGUAAUCGGCGCGUCGUUCAUUGUCACUGCAAUAGUACUUGGCGUCAUGGCUUACUGCGCUAUUCAAUUGAGAAAACGGCAGGUAAGAAGACAGAGGGUAAAUUAUAUGAUCUUCUAUAUUCUAGAACUUUUCGUAAAAUCUUCAUAGUUUGCUUUACAGACGUUAGCGCGUUAAAUAUUUCUCCGCAUGUAAGAAGAAAAACGAAACCCUUCUGACCUGUAAAUUUUUUUAUCGUCAAGAUGAAAUAGAAAGAAUAAGCAAAGAAAUGGAUUUAAGAAGGGAAAAAAAUGGGGUCGAAAUGCCACUUCGGAAAGGGAAGUACAGUCAAAGUUAAGAUAUGGCUGUCGGGCUGUACCCUGCGUAGCUGGUAGUUUUGUGUUGAGAGCGCGCAAAUGAGAAGCGAAGUUGCGAAAGCGCGGGCGAACGAGCGCGGCCUCAUUCUCCUUGCGGCAUCACCGCACGCCAUUGCCCCCCUCCUAACAUAACUGCCAGUUAAGUAAGCUAGCCGGACUCAUGUUCAUUUCUCCCUUACUGCUCGUGGCCUGAAAAUAGGGAGCUUAAGCAGCGACGUUUUUGAGCGACACACAUCAACCGGAAGUGAGGUAUUUUCCCUCUUAACAUGCCUUGAUGAUAUAAAAGUUCUAUUCCUUAGUUUCUCUACUGUUAUAGAGGCGAUUUGACUGAAAAUUUGCGCGAAACCACCGUCAAAAAAAUGAAAAAAGGCCACUUCCGGUUGACGUGCGUCGCUCAAAAACGUUGUUGCUUAAGCUCCCUAUUGCGCCAUGAAUACACCUCAUUCUGAGAUGCUAUUGAAAAAUUCUGAGCAACUGAGAUAAUGUAACGGUUCGGAAUACCAGGCCGCCGGGAUAACGCGAAACUAAAAACAAUGUUUCAUAUCUCUUCAACCUUCUAGAGGCCACCCAGUAGCAUUCAAUUCAUAAGUUACCUAAAACCUUUUUCACUUCCAGAGAAAGCGGCUCAACCUGCCUCGACUCCAGAGUGACGCCAGACAGUAA